AUGUCUCCAAUAUCCACUCUGUGUACGGUUUCUUCCAAUAAUCGGAAUAAACAAGGUAAAUGCACUGUGCCGUUUAAAGAGAGUGCAUUUACAGAGAGUAAAAAACGUGCAUUUAGACUAAGGCCCAAGCUGGGACCAGAUAAAAAG